ACACUCCUUGGCGUCGGUGCAUCAAGGGUUACCGACCCCAGCUGUCAAAGGCGGGAAGAACGCCGGUAAAAAAGAUUCUUGAACUGGAAAAAUGCUCCGGCCGGAGGUCGUAAAGCAACUGACCUGUCCCUCGGUGGGCCUGGCCACAUCGUGGACCAUUAAGUGCAAAAAUGUGCCUUGUGAAAGUUUGCAAGAGGUUAGAACGGGCUUCCGGCGGGAACUGUGGCCUUUCGCUAAGGGUAAAAUUGCCAAGAGCGACACCAAAGCCAAAAGCCUUCGGGAGCAGGGUAACGCGGCGUACUCAAAUGCUCCCAACGAUCCCGCCAACGCUCUGCAGCUCUACAAUCAGGCCAUUUGUAUGGCGGAAGAUGACUCAGAGGAACUGGCAUUAGGCUACGCCAACCGGUCCGCUAUCUACUUCAACAGAAAACUCUACCUCGAGUGUUUGCAAAACAUCGAACUGGCAAAACGGAACCCCUACCCGGAACAGCUGCGCCGAAAACUUUCCGAGCGUGAGGAACGCUGUCGGAAGGCUUUGGAAAAAGCCGGUGAGAAAGAAUCGCCGGAAGUCGCCCCUGGAACGAGCCCUAGUCACUGUUCGCUGAAACCGUGCCUUGAGAUGACCGCGGACGAGUGCAGCAUUCGCACGAGUCGCGAUUUGAGCGUCGGAGAAAAGGUGCUUCUGGAACGGCCGUUCGUGCUGGUGCUGGAAGCGGAAGUCGCGUACGCGCGAUGCGACUAUUGUGGCGCAUGCAACGAGCAUAAUCUGCGCCCCUGCAAACACUGUACUGCCGUCAUGUACUGCUCGGAGGAAUGCCAGGAGCAGGCGCUGCAACGGUACCAUCAGUUCGAGUGCGAAAUUAUCGAUGAUCUGCAGUUGCUGUACCGUGGACCAAAGGCAACACGUGUACUGCAAGUGGCACUGCGACUGUUUUGGCUCGGUAUUCUGCUUUACCUAGAAGCACCGGAACAGUUCGUGAAGCGGCUCGAAACUCCAGAAGAACUCGCCCAGUUUCGCGAUCCUUUCGCACUGGAACCAUCGGAUUAUUUGCUGCAUCUUUUGGCCAGUUUUUCCGAGGAAGAGCACCACGAGGCUGCCCAAGACCAAACGGCAAUGACGGGCAAGUGUGUAAACCAGUUCCUCACCAUCCUAACGUAUGUGGUGGCUGUCGAAGAAAACGAAUCGUUGUCGCGACGGCUGGUGGGGCUGCCGGGAACGGAAAAGCUACAUCACUUGCUUUAUCAGCUGAUCUUUCAUUCGGACAAGCUAGCCGACUACAAUCUACCGGAUGCGACCGGUUACUAUCCAUUUACGCGUCUUCUUAGCCACUCCUGUGCACCGAACAGCGAACGCAUCAAGCACGAUCUACAAACCAUCAUCGUUGUAAAGCGCCCGAUCGCCAAACACCAACCAAUAACCAUUGCUUACAGGGACGGUCUUACGACUGAGCGUAUGAUCAAAUCUAAACGCCAGGAAACGUGUCAGAAGGAGCACCACAUCAAAGAGUGCGUUUGCGAAGGUUGCCUGGCGGACUAUCCAGUGCUGGAGAAAAUCGAGAAGGAUGAAACGCUCGAGGCCGAACUGGAAACGAUACGUAAUUCUACGUCUGCGGAGCAAAGAAAAGCCAUUCUAGCUGAUUUCCUGCAGCGGCAUGAAAGCGUCUACCCGAAGCGAGAGUUGUACGAAGCCUGGGCGCUUUAUCGACCGUUUGUUACGGAUGAUUUGUAA